AUGAAGUUUUUAGUAAUAUUUCUGUGCGGUCUCGUCACGCUAGUAUCGGCACAAUUUGAUACUCACCAAUGGGCAGGUCGUAGUGGCAUUGUACAUCUCUUCGAGUGGAAAUGGAACGAUAUUGCGGAUGAGUGUGAGAGAUUUCUGGCUCCAAAUGGUUAUGCGGGUGUCCAAGUUUCUCCCCCGACCGAAAAUAUCAUCGUUUCAGGAAGACCUUGGUGGGAACGCUAUCAGCCGGCGUCAUAUCAUCUGAACACGCGUUCAGGAACUGAACAGGAGUUUGCAAGCAUGGUAUGGCGCUGUAACCAAGUUGGCGUGCGAAUUUAUGUUGAUAUUGUUAUUAAUCAUAUGGCCGCUAUAUCAGGAACUGGAACUGGAGGGUCGCAGGUGAACGGACUGGAAUUCCCCGCGGUUCCGUAUGGAAGCAAUGACUUCAAUCCGUUCUGUGAAAUUCACGAUUACAACAAUGCUGAACAAGUUCGCAACUGCUGGCUAGUCGGAUUACCAGAUUUAGCUCUAGGAACAUCCUGGGUCAGAGAUCGCAUUGUAGAUUUAAUGAAUAAAUGUAUCGGUUACGGAAUUGCUGGUUUCCGUGUUGAUGCUGUCAAACACAUGUGGCCGGGAGAUCUGGAGCAUGUAUAUGGAAGACUAAAUAAUCUAAACACAGAUCAUGGUUUUGCGAGUAAUGCUAGACCUUUUCUAACUCAAGAAGUCAUCGAUUUGGGUAGUGAAGCUAUAUCCAAGUAUGAGUAUACUCACUUGGGCACUGUGACCGAAUUUCGUUUCUCAGCAGAAAUUGGGCGCGUUUUCCGUGGAUAUGAUAGUCUAAGUCAUCUAUCGAACUGGGGAGAAGAGUGGGGUUUCUUGCCAUCUCAUCUUGGACUUGUGUUUGUUGACAACCACGAUAAUCAGCGUGGUCAUGGAGCUGGAGGAGCGAAUGUUUUGACGCAUAAGACGCCUAAAAAUUACAAGAUGGCUACUGCCUUUAUGUUGGCUCACCCAUACGGGAUUCCUCGAGUAAUGAGCUCUUUCUUUUUCGAUGACGGUGACCAGGGUCCACCACAGGACGGAAGCGGAAACUUAAUACCACCAUCAAUCAAUGCUGACGGAACUUGUGGAAACGGUUGGGCAUGCGAACAUCGUUGGCGACAAAUUUCCAAUAUGGUCGGAUUCCGCAAUGUUGUCUCUGGUACCGGAUUGAAUGAUUGGUGGUCUAACGGAGGUCAACAAAUCGCUUUUUGUCGAGGUGGUCGUGGUUUUGUUGCUUUCAAUUUGGAAAGUUUCGAUUUGAAUCAGUCUCUACAGACGUGCUUACCGGCUGGAAGUUACUGUGACAUUAUCUCUGGCAGCAAAUCUGGUGGUAGUUGCACUGGUAAUGUUGUUACCGUAGGCAGUGACGGCCGGGCAAACAUCUAUAUUUCAUCGGGCGGUGAGGAUGGCGUAUUGGCUAUCCAUGCAGAUUCGAGACUCUGA